CCGAAAGAGGCGAAUGACUGGUGGAGAAUGCAAAUCGCGCCAUCUCUCUGAUUGAAUGAAGCAGUCACCAAUCACAUCAGUAUCUAGUGCCAGCACGACCAGUUUCACUCGAAGUCUCAUUAUCCUCGUAAACUUUUUUCUCGAGCUAAGGUUGCGAUCUCCUGGCAUCAUCCACUAUCUUCACCAAACGUGACGAAAGAAAGUUCAGGGCGCCGCGUGUCAGCAGAUGGCAUCUCUAUGAGAUCGCAUCUAUAUUAUUGUCAUUUUUUUAUUAACUAGAGUUCUUCUAUCAGUUUCCAUCAUGACAUCUUCUUGAAUCGUUUGUCUCACCGCCGUCCGUACUUUUCGUUUGUUUCUUAAUCUGAAACAAAAAGAUGUCCGGUGUCCAUUCCGAUGACGAGCCGCUUGUGCCGGAACAAGUCGGCGGAAGUUCGUCUUCUUCCAAAGCACAAGCCAAAGCAACUACAACCGAGCGUGCGCCAGCCUCACCUGUCAGAAAGAGCAAAAAAGGCGGUGAAAUCGAAGUGGAAGAGACAAUAACAAGUGCAGCUGUACGACCGAAAGCAGCAGCUACACCGUCCAGAGGAAAAGCGAGUAAAAAAGAUGCAGCAGCAGGUGAUCGCUCCUCCGUAGAAGAGAUAGAACUACCAAAGCUACCCGAAGCUGUUUUUCCACCUGCCGAAAGGCUGCUGCCAAUCCAUACAGGCAAUGACGACCUCUGCAUGUGCGAUUUGGUACAAGAGCAUUGAUUUGAGCAAUCCUUCCUCAUGUAGGUGAACCGCAAGUCCUUCCUGUUGGAUGUAUUUCUAGUGGUCGCAAACAAACGAGAUUAUCUCCGCAACUACAUCCGUAGUCUCAAUCAACUCCUCUCACAGGAAAAUCAACCCCUCUCACAGGAAAAUCAACCCCUCUCACAGGAAAAUCAACCCCUCUCACAGGAAAAUCAACCCCUCUCACAGGAAAAUCAACUCCUCUCAUAGGAACCAUAUUCCACAGACGCAAAACGAAGGGAGAACUCUCCAGCGAGAGCUGCGAAUGGGUGGUCAACAGCCCCCAAGCGAAGCGGUGGCAUAGAAAAGAGACAGUCCCUCAUAUCCGAUAUUUUAUCGAGGUGGUGGUAUGUUUUUCCGCAGUGGCCAGCACCGGAUCACGAUUACUCGCAAGCACUCGCGAAGAAAGGUAGCUUAUUUUUGGCUAGUGUGGUCACUAUGAGUUUCUUCUUCUGUAUAAAAGAAGAAGAUUAUCAUGUUCAGGCACAACUACUGCUCGAUAUUUUUGUCGACUAAUACUCCAACCAAAGUAGCUCUUCUUUCUUACCUGGGGAUGUCCACCUUGCCUUCCCCCUCUCCUCCUCUUAUAAAGAAAGGAAAUGUGAUAAUCACUCUCCACCCUCACGGAGCAAGGAGAAGAACGACAUGAUAAGUACAUUCUCGUCUCAUCGCUUGGCGGUACAUUCCACUUCAAAUGGAAUUGAUGCCGGUCACAUGAAGACGCAAACCGAAGUCGUUGGAUUAAACACAGACAGCGCCUUUUCUUUCAUGGCAUUCUCUGCACCUGUCUCCAACCACAAUUUCUCAUCCGAAUGUGAAGAUCUCUGGACCUGGAUCUAAUGUAUUUGUUUGAAAAAGAUCCGUCAUUGCGGAAGCAUAUAUCGUCUCGACGCUUGGCGGUGAGUCACUUCUAGUAGGCUAACACCGGUCACAUGCAGACGAAGAGAAAGCAUCAAUUGUAACGGGGGCUGCGCAGCUUGUUCGCGUGUUGCCAGCCCCAUCCAACAUUGAUGACACUGAAUUUUUUGCGGUUUUGCCUUACAGCAGCAGCGCCUGGAGUUAUGGUAGCCUCUUGCUAGGCCUCCUGUCGUCUCGACGCUUGGCGGUGAGUCACUUCUAGUAGGCUAACACCGGUCACAUGCAGACGAAGAGCAAGCAUCAAUUGUAACGGGGGCUGCGCAGCUUGUUCGCGUGUUGCCAGUCCCAUCCAACAUUGAUGACACUGAAUUUUUUGCGGUUUUGCCUUGCAGCAGCAGCGCCUGGAGUUAUGGUAGCCUCUUGCUAGGCCUCCUGUCGUCUCGACGCUUGGCGGUGAGUCACUUCUAGUAGGCUAACACCGGUCACAUGCAGACGAAGAGCAAGCAUCAAUUGUAACGGGGGCUGCGCAGCUUGUUCGCGUGUUGCCAGUCCCAUCCAACAUUGAUGACACUGAAUUUUUUGCGGUUUUGCCUUGCAGCAGCAGCGCCUGGAGUUAUGGUAGCCUCUUGCUAGGCCUCCUGUCGUCUCGACGCUUGGCGGUGAGUCACUUCUAGUAGGCUAACACCGGUCACAUGCAGACGAAGAGCAAGCAUCAAUUGUAACGGGGGCUGCGCAGCUUGUUCGCGUGUUGCCAGUCCCAUCCAACAUUGAUGACACUGAAUUUUUUGCGGUUUUGCCUUGCAGCAGCAGCGCCUGGAGUUAUGGUAGCCUCUUGCUAGGCCUCCUGUCGUCUCGACGCUUGGCGGUGAGUCACUUCUAGUAGGCUAACACCGGUCACAUGCAGACGAAGAGCAAGCAUCAAUUGUAACGGGGGCUGCGCAGCUUGUUCGCGUGUUGCCAGUCCCAUCCAACAUUGAUGACACUGAAUUUUUUGCGGUUUUGCCUUGCAGCAGCAGCGCCUGGAGUUAUGGUAGCCUCUUGCUAGGCCUCCUGUCGUCUCGACGCNCUCGUCUCGACGCCCGGGCAGUCUCUUUCAGUAGUCUAGCGCCGGUUUUUACAUGAAGACGAAAAUCAAACAUCACUUGUAACGGGGGUUGUGCGACUUGCCUGUGUGUUGCCAGCCCCAUCCAACAUUGAUGACAUUUCUGCGUUAUGACUUUUUACCUCGUCGGUCCAUGCCCUUCCCCUUUAUUAGAACAUGGAGGUCGAGACUCAGCGUCAGUAAGACUGACCUUGUUCUUUCUUCCCUGCUAGGUUACCGCGAAGUUCCCGUUACGGAUUGGACGAAAGAGAAGGAGAUUGACGAGGAUGGACUCCAUAAGGUUUAUCAGUUGAAGCAAUUUCCGGGAAUUUUUAGGGACGCCAACCAGAUCCGCAUGGACAUGAGACCGGUAAAAAGCUGUCCGUGCUUCUUGAAUCUGCAAGCGAAGCCGAUCGAUCAACUCGUAAAGUGGCUCAAGAGAGCGUAUUGCUACGAUUUUCAUGAUUUGAUGCUUUGCUUUUGAUGUAGGCGCCCUGAUGGCAUCUUGUUCCUCUUCUACGAAAAAUUUUCAUCUUCCAACAAUGUUCUUCUUGCAAUAAACACAUGUUGGACUUGGAAACUUUCAUCCACCCCACAGGUACGAAAAUCAGAUGAUGGUAUUGAAAACUGACGCUUGCAACGGCUGGGGUAAUCGAGAGGCAUUAAUAACAGACUUGCAGCUUUCGCUCAAAAAGUUGCAUAGCGAAGAAAGAGCCCUCCUGGGAAAGUAUGGCAAGCGAACGGACCCGUACAGUCAGGAUAUCAAGCAGUAUCUAAGAAGGCUUCGUGAGUAACAUGAAACGCGGCAGAGGUUGAAGGAACGUGUCAAGUAAUUGAUGCAACAAUUCUUAAUGCUCCGUUAACGCGGAUGAUGCUCCUCAAGAUCGGAUGCCAGGAUGAUCACGUCAAUGAUUACGAUGACGUCAAGGACGCCUGUUAGCUAAGUGGGAUUUAACAACACAUGACAGCGUGGAAUUCGACGAGACCUUGAGAUCGAAGUUGACCCAUAUUCAUAAGAUUUCUCUGAAACACACUAGGAAAAGCAAUUGACCCAUUUAAUACGAUUUCUUCGAAAACGAAGAAGCUGAUGCUUCUCGAUACUUUUUUUGCUCCGAAUGAACGUGCCUGAAGAUUACAUGUAGCGAUUUUUAGGAUUAUGAUGGUGAAGCACUCCUGUCGAGACCAGUGCGAAUAUUUUGUCCCAUCUGUAUGUAAAAAGAGAAAAGGUGUAAGCUGAAAACAGACCGAGUCAAAGGAAAUGCAAUCAGAGCGACAGUACAAACACAACGCGGCG